CCGCCGCCGCGCGAUGCCCGCGCGCGAUGCCCAAGCGUAAGCGACGGCCGUGGUUGAGCGAAGACGCGGCGAACGCGGCGAACGCGAACGCGAGCUCAAAGGCGAGCGCGCGACGCGAACGCGAACGCGCGUUUCGCGAAGCCCAUCCCGAGCGCUUCAUCGAUGAAGAGACGGACGACGAGAAGAACGCGCGACGCGACGCGCGUGCGGGCGAGGCCCGUGCGCACGGAGAUGCUCGAGAUGGGAGCGCACUCGGGUCGUUCCUCGAUGUGGGUGCGCCGCGCGAACGCAGACGAGGUGGGCACGGACGACGCGCGCGCGACGACGCUGGAACGACAGACCCGACGACUUUGCCCACGCACGCGCCGUGUCAAACGAGAGACGAUAUAGAUGCGCAGGAGUUUGAACGACGACGGGCGCGCGUGGAGGCGGUGACGAGAGAGAUUGGAACGUGCGCGCGGCACAAGCAGUUGGCACGGGCGUGUGAGAUGUUUGUGAACUUGGUCUCUCGCGAGGGGUUGGUGCCAUCGCCUUACACGUACGCGUCGUUGCUCAACGCGUACGUGAACACGGGAACUAUGGAUGGUGCCGAGGCGUUAAUGGAGCGUAUGCGAGACGUCGGGUGCGCGCCAAACGUCGUAGCGUACACGACAAUGUUGAAGGGCUACAUGCUCGUGGCGAAUGUCGACGCCGCGUGGCGAACGCUCAACGGAAUUAUGCACAACCGAAUGUCGCCCGAUAGCCGCGCUGUGAACACGUACAUUCGAGUGUGCGUGCGAUGUGGGAACCUGCAAAUGGCGCGCCGCGCUUUUGAUCGCAUGCGUGACUGGGAUGUGGUUCCGGACGCCACAACGCACAAGCUCAUCGGUCGCUUGCUCGCGCAAGGAUUGAAGCGCGACGAACUGAAGGCAUUAAUCAAGCGCACCGUCAAGGGCGAGCACUUGAGAUGGACGAAGGACCCAAGCAGCGGGCCUUGUCAAUUUUGGCGCGCUGGGAAAUGCGAGCGAGGCGUGAAUUGUCGUUUUUAUCACGACGAUUCAAUCGUGCAAAGCGACGCGCGCGUGCGUGAGAUUGAAUCAAAUGAUACUUUGGCGAGCAUGUACGUGAAUCACGCGCAUGCGUCGGCAAUUUCAGGAGACGUGAAACAGAGCAAAAAGUCGCUUCGCAAAGCCGCAGAGUAUCUGACCGAAAAUGUCACCGCGGAAGCUUUGACAGUCGGCGGUCUGAAGGAUAAAGACGAGCGGGCCGAGUUGUUUCGUCAAACAAACCGCGACGAGCUCAAACUCGAGAUGCGACGCAUCGAGGACUUCGUCGAACGAUUGAUGAGUGGCAAACAACAGCCUCCGAAGCUGGACGAACAUUUGUCGAGAAGUUUAAUCUUUAGUUCACGACUUUUCCAAGAAGUACCAGAACGCGGCGCAAAGAUGUCGAGCGAGGAAGUCGACGCACUGCGCGACAAUCUCUACGCCGCGUUGAAGGACACGAUGGGGUUGAACGACGAUUCCGACGGCUCGGUCAAGCGUGCGAUUCGUAAAGUCAUCGCAAAAGAUGGUACGAUACGAUUUGAUCGCAUGUUUGGACGUUCCAAAAAGGAGAAGCGCGAGCUGAAUGUUGAAGUCGCCGCUGGGAAUGGGGACUGGGCUGUGGCUCAAGCGAAGACUGACGCCUCGGCGGAUUGGAUCUCUCUCGAGCUUCGUCACGACCGCGUCUACAGCAUUUUCUCCCGCGCCGUGUGUUCAGGUGCUUCGAAUUUCGCCGCGAUGGGUGGUGACGCGGCGUACAUCAUGCGUCGUUACGUCGCCUCAGAAUCAGUAUCGCACGUGUUCGUGAACUUCCCGGAGCCGCCGCAUCACAGCGGCGACGCUGCGGCGGAUAACUCUCUUGCUCUGCUCAACGAGGAGUUUUUCCGCGACAUUCACGCGUGUCUCAGACGUGCAUACACUUCGACAGAUGCUCCCGGUGGUUUAACGAUAUUUAGCGACAACCACAGAUACAUGCAGGCGCUCGCACGCACGCUUGCUGAGCUUGAUAUAUUCACCGCUCGCGACGACGUCGACCUGGCGUCGGGCGCGCCGGCGAAUCAAUACGAAACGAUUCGCGGCGUUCGUUUGUAUCAGGGCGUACCCGGUCCUUCCGCUGGCCAUCGCGUGUACGAACAGUCGUAUUUCGAUCGAUUUUGGGAAAACGGCCAGCACGUCGAUCGGUAUUUCAUCAGUCUUGUAAGAAAAUAG